AUGCAAUUGGUGCACAGAAAUAUACUAUUUUUCGUGACAAGAACGAUAUUUCCACUGCCAAUACUUUUUCCUUAUUUUUCGAAAUUUACCCAGCAAUCAAUAAUGUCAUGUGCAAAAUAUACCACCGAAGAAUUUGGUUCAUUAUAUGGUUUGGAUUAUAGACUAUAUUUCAAAGAUCAAAAUGGCCGUCAUAUCUCACCAUGGCAUGAUAUACCUUUGUUUGUGGAUGAAUCGAAAAAAAUUUACAAUAUGAUAAUUGAAAUUCCUCGAUGGACAAAUGCUAAAAUGGAAAUGUCAACAAAGGAAUCGAUGACACCAAUUAAACAAGAUGUGAAGAAUGGUGAACCACGAUUUGUGGAUAAUUUUUUCCCAUUUAAAGGCUACAUCUGGAACUACGGUGCUCUCCCACAAACAUGGGAAGAUCCCAAACAUCUCGAUCCAGUUACAGGAGCAUGUGGAGAUAAUGAUCCAAUUGAUGUAGUCGAAAUUGGUUCCAAAAUUCAUCAACGUGGUGAUGUGAUAUCAGUAAAAGUCGUCGGUGUUAUUGCAUUGAUUGAUGAGGGUGAAACGGAUUGGAAAUUGGUUGCUAUUGAUGUAACAGAUGAAAAAGCCGAUGAAAUUAAUGAAAUUAAAGAUGUGGAGAAACAUUUCCCGGGUCUUCUGAAAGCAACGCGUGAGUGGUUUCGGAACUACAAAAUUCCUACAGGUAAACCAGCUAAUCAAUUUGCGUUUAAUGGAUUGUUCAAGGAUGCUGACUUUGCACAUGGUAUUAUUUCUGAAACGCAUGAAUUCUGGAAGCGUCUUAUCAAAGAACCAUCACCUAAGCUGAACACUGAAAUGACAUGUGAUAUAGAUGGAGUAUCGCAUCCGGGAAAUUGUGAUAAUUGGGAAAAAAUCAUUGCUCAACAACCAUCCCGGAAUGUUGAGAAAGGUGUUCCGAAGAAAAAACUGGAUAAAUGGCAUUAUAUUACAGAAUGA